AUGACUUACCUGCGCAGCGUCACUGCUAGACAACAGGCCACAAUACGUGAGAAGGUGGGGUCCAACAAGUCAAAGCUAUUCAGCACUGCCAUUUCUUGCAACCCAGGAUUGAGUCAGAAAGCUCAAUCAGUCUGUCAACCUGAUGUCGAAGAAACGGGAUCAUCUCCCACCACACAUUCCAACAUGAAGACCAAGCAGGCCAAGGAGGAGUCUGACAAAAGCAUCGAUGAAGACACUGCUGUAGAACCGAAGACUAGAUCCCGCAAGAAAGCCUCGGAUAUUGUUGAGGAUGAAAAGAAUAAAACCACUCCGGAGGAACCCAAAACGUCCAAAGAACCCAAGAGAAAUGUAGCCAAACCUAAAGCAAUAAUCAAGAAGAAGCCACUCGGUAUCAGAAAGGCUUUACGAAGCAAAAAAGUUGCAAUUGCAAAAGACGCUGUCAAAAAUGUUAUAAGACAAACGGCUAAACGGGGGAGAAAGCCUAUGAUCAAAAGUGAACCUGAGAAUUCUCAAGAAAAGGAAACCGUCCCAUUGAUACCUGCCUCUGAAAUAAAGAAGGAACCAGUUGAUGAGACACAAUCAAACUCCCGGUCUUCCAGUCCACGUACAGCUGGCAGGAGGCAAAGGCUUACUUCUGACGUGGUCAUGAUGAAGUCUAUGCUUGCAGAUUCUCCCAGCAAUCUGGUAUUAGGGCCACGUACCAGCCCAUACUCAAUGAGAUCGGAAAGAAGCAAUAGCCCUUCAAUGUUUGAAGGUAAAAACCUGCGCAGUGGGAAACCAAGAAAAGUUAAGAACAACCUGUUGAAUGAGGUUGUAAUGAAAGAACAAAAGAAGCGAAGACGCCUGCUCUCAGAUUCUAAGCCUGCUGAUGGCAUUGAUGCCACUGAGGAUUGUAAGAAGCUGAAGAGAGGCCGCUCUUGUUCCCGAGAUGGUAGCGAGAUUUCAAAAUGCUCUGACAUCACUGAAUCUGACUUGAGCCUCAAUGAGUCAAUCAAUGACACUGAUAGCAAAGAGCUCAACAAAAAAUUAGAUAAACCUAAGACUGACCUAGACAUAGAUAUUGAAAAUAAUGUACAGAUCUCUACUAACGAAAAAGUGCCUUCACUCAAUGUUGACUCCAAAUUAGUUGAAACCAAACAGGAUACAGGACCUAGUAGUAACAUAAAUGAAAAGAAUAAGAAAUCACUGAGCUUAAAAAGAAGUACUUCAUUAGACUCCGACAACAAUAAUAGUAAUAGGGUUAAAUUAGAAAAAUUAAAUUCAUCUGACAUAGAAGACAAAUCACCGACAAAGACUGAAAACGAUACGCUUUUUGAGGCCCGUAGUAGUAUAUUGACUAGUAUGUCCAGGACUUUCAACUCAAAGGAGGUAUCAAAGAAUAUAAGGAAAGCUAGAAGAGGGAGAAAAGCGGCCACAGCUACGCGAACUGGCUCCGGCCAAAGCCGGAACGGUGUCAAUAAUACCGCCACCGGCGAUUCUACCGAGGAAAAACCAGAAACGCUCGAAUCGUUGUCUAAAGAAAUUGAUGAUCUUAUCAAUGACCUGGACCAAAACAUAGAUCGUGACUGUGACAUCAUCAAUGAAUCUAAAACAGUAGAAAACACAUCAGACCAUGUACAAGCAAAGCCUCUUACUAAAGGUUAUAGUUUAUCCAAACCCUUAGGAGACAAUAAUAGCAUCAUUACCCCUGAAACACCUGUUAAAGAUAAGGAAUCUAUUACCACUGAGAGCACGCCCUCAAAGUUGGAUGACAGUGAAAAUAUCAGACUUCAUUAUGAAGAAGAUUCUGUAGAUAAACCAACGGAUAGCCCCAAACAAGAGGUGACAUAUAAAUGCAGCACAGUUGCUAGCAUAGAUAAAUUAAUGGACAGAUUAAAAGAAUUUGAAGAAUUUGACAAAAGAAGACAAAGGCAGGAAUCUGAAUCCAAACCAAGUGACGGUAAAUCAUUAAUGGUUUCUAACGACGUCGUACUAAUACCUAAAUCCGGUGCAGAUAUCAAGCUUAAAGAUAUUCAGACUGUAAGGUCACCCGAAAGACCGAUGGAAAAGGAAAAUGUUCUCAGCUGUUUUGAGAACAACUCUGCAAUCUCAAUAGUGAAAAGGGAUCAAGUAAGAAAAUCUAUUGAUGUAGACUUGCCAAACUCUGUGACUUUAAUAAAGAGAAACAGUAUUAGUGCUCGAAAGGAAUCGACAGGGUCAAAUCAUUCAAAAGAAUCAGAUGCUAUAAGUAUAUUUGAGAAGUCUCUUGGCAAGGAUGUGACACUUACUGAGAUUAGAAAGUCGGUAGAUAAGCCGCCACCUCCGUCGACUCAAGUUGAUUUGCAUCAGUUUGCGACUCUGCACCCAAACAACCCGACACAGAGCUUAGUUGGUGUCGUACUGGACUCAAACCAGAUUUCAAUUACACCUCGAGUUGUUAACAGCGAAGUUCAAAUUACUAAACGGGCAUCGAGGGAUUCUUUGUCGCGCAAAUCUUCUGAAUCUGGCAAUGACGUGGAAGAGAAAAUGGCUGUAAUAGAGAAAAUGGCUGUAAUAGAGAAAAUCAAGUCCCCAGUACAUGUAAAAAAUAUGGACAUAUCCAUCACACCAACACCUGUUGCUAUUAAAUCUCCAGAGGCAGUGCCACCAAUAGAAGCCGAGGCACUGGCGCCUCCUCUAGAGAGUUUAAAAAGCGUUCCAGAAGACACAGCCUCCAAAGCCGUGCCUGAAACUGCAGAAGUGCCAAAAGUGGACUCUAAACCGGCUGAAAUUACAACUGAAAAAGUUGAUACUCCAGUGCCAGAAGUCCUUGAUAAAUCCGAAGUUUCUGAAAUCAGCUCAGAACAGAAAGAUAGCAAGCCAAAAGAAAUUGACAAAAAAGUUGAUGUUAAAGAAGAUACACCAAAGACUGAUGUGAAAGAAAAUUGUGAAAGCAAGCCUGUAGCAAAAGCUGUGAAAUCUGAAAAGGGGAACAAAUCAGGUCGAAACUCCUUAGAAAGCCAACCUGGUCCUAGUAACAUUUUACUGGAAACUCCGGAGAGUCAGAAAAGGAAAGAAAAUGUGCUGAAAACUUUAGGUUUGUUGACUCACAAAGCUGCGAAAGAGGCUACGAUUGAAAAGUUAAAAGAGCGAGAAAGGAUCUAUGGGUCGAUGUCUAGUUUGAUGAAUAAGAACAAGGCUGUGAAAUCAGGUUCUGGGGAUUAUACUGGGACGUUGAAGACUGUGAUAAAGUUGAAUAGGGCGUCAGGCACAGGGGAAAGAGAGAAGAAGCGGUGUAGAAGUUCCUUGAAGAUGACCUUCCAGAAGAGCAAGAGCAGGGGCAAGCUGGGUCCAGAGGUCGGUGAGGAAGCUACGGAGGAUGACGCUUAUUACACCAUAGAACGACGCGAGGGAACCGCAGCAGGCACGUCGGACGCAGAAACAGAAGCCGCACCAGAGCCCGUCGAACCAAAAGAAACGUUGAACCUGGUAAUCCCCGAGAAGGCGUCCUCGUUCAGCAUCCACCCAGGCCGUCUCUGCAUGGACCAGUGCUUUUACUGCGGCGGGAAGUUCGGCCUGUUCGACACGCCUUGCCAUAUUGCGCAGAUGAAGAGCGCUGAUCGACAGAAGAAGGUUUUGGACAAUGAAGAGAAACUGGCGAUAGACAGCUGCUUGUGCGACGCAUGCUACCGUCAUGUGGACCGACGCGCCAACUGUCCGUCGUACCGCAAGAAACCCGCCGCCCCCGCGCGCCUUCCCGGCGCCCCCGGACAGGCUGACACUGACACUUCGCUUAACCAGAGCACAUCUGAGAAAGGGGGUAGUCCUCCGCUAGAAGAGGAGAGCGAAGAAGAGACAGCGGGAGCAGCGGCGGCGGGUGCGGGGGGACGCCCGGCCAUAUGCCACACCGAGGGUUGCACGGCGCCGGCCGACCACUCCAUUCGACGCAAAUGGCUUAUCAAGAUGCGGUCGUCUGUCAACAAGCUGCUGAAGCUGGAAGGAGACUACCCAGGCUUGCACACGAUUCCGCUGUGCGCGUCACACUACCGUGCGCUGGCGCCGCUUAUGGCCUGCGUGCUCUGCCGGCGCAAGGUCACCAAGCACCAUAAUGUGCAUCUGCUGCAUAACUACCAAGAGCUGAAUCCUCUGCUGGCGGCCUUGGGCAUCCCGGUGGUGCUGACUGCACGCGGCGUAGCGUGCAAGAUGUGCCGCUACUACUGCUCGCUGCUGCAGCGCGGCACUCACGACCCAGACUCCGACCAGUACACUAGAAAGUUACUGCAACUCUACAACGUGCAAUUACCGUCACAAUCACACGACGAAACCAACGAAGAAGAUUCAAAUAAGGCCAAAAAGAAGCAACGAAUGAAGUCCAAGCGCAAAUCGGCUGAUCGUGACAAACCGGGAGACAGUGGCUCUUCGGAGAAAACAGAAAGUUCUCCAGAGAAAGAGAAAGCUAGAGAACAAUCUAACACGUCAAAUGCACCUUUAGACGAAGACAUAGAAAGCCUAAUAUCUUCUAACAAGAUCCUUGUGCCCGGUGCUAAACAACAAGAGGUUGCACAAAGUGAUUAUUCAGACCCUGAAAACGCAUAUGACUAUGACAUACCACUUCUUCCAGUCGACAAACAAACAGAACUACAAUAUCUUCUACAGAAGCAAAACAACCCAGCUCAAUUCUUAAAUAAACCCAACUUGACUCAAAAACAAAAAAGUAUAAUGAAAGUCAAUAUAACAGGCAUACAGAAACCUGGUCAUCAGCAGAGAAUACUCGAUAAGAACGCCAGAAGGCUACACAAGUUAGGACAAAUGAUGAUAAGUAACAAAAGUGACACUGAAACGUUGAUUGACCUUGACAAACAAAAAGAUGGGCUUAACCUUCUUAAGAACCUAUCACUGAACGAGGAAUGUACCAUAGAAACUAUUCCUAAUAAGAAACCAGCUGAUAUAAACACAUUGAAAAACAAAUGGCAAAUGUCGGAAAGUUUUUCUCAGGUGAAGAAGAAUCUGAGCGAACUAUCUAAGAAACUAACCAUAGAACCUAAGAAACUUAAUGACCCUAAAUACUCGAAUCCAGUUAAAAGAUUGGAGACCAAUCCAUCUAUAUCGGUUAGAGAACUCUUCCCUGGAGAAGAAGAAAUGAAUCUACAAUGUAAUAUAGAGUUUAACAAUGUUAAAUGUCUAACCCCAGAAGGAUGGGAGAAGUGUAGCACAACAAUUCAAUAUGACAAUGAAACUAAGAAACUGUGGAAUGAGCUACAAAGGCCUUACGGCAAUCAGUCGAGCUUUUUAAGGCACUUGAUUUUGUUGGAAAAAUACUUUAGAAAUGGUGAUUUAGUACUAGCUCACAAUGCUACAACGCACGCGGCUAACUACAGCGAUUCCGUACAGAGUAGAUUGCGGGCGUACGAUAACGUAGCCAACGACGCCCCAAGACGAAGCGAGCCGGCUAUCAGUCUAAUUGAAUACAGGAAAAAGCCUUCUAUUAACGGUAAAAGUUUACUAAAAACAAACCAAGAAGAUAAAGAGCCCAAGAAAGCAAUGCCGCCUCCAUUGCUUAAGCCUAAAGUUGCUAAGGAAAAGAAGUCUAAGCAAGUGCCUCCCGAAUUGAUUGCAAUCAAUACGCCGAACGCGCAAGGCAGGAAGGCGAUCCAGAAUGUUCUUCAUAACAUUCAGCAACUGGUGAAGGGCGUGUCGGCCUCGGACCCAACGGAGAUCGCGGCGGCCCCGUUGCCCGCGCCAAAAUUCGACGCGCCGCCAGCGGCUACGCUUGCGCCUACGCCUGCGCGUACGCGUACGCCUACGCCUGUGCCUGCACCUGCGCCUGCACCUGCGCUUGCGCCUGCGCCCGCGCCCGCGCCUACGCCUACGCCUACGCCUAUGCCUACGCCUGCGCCAAUUAAAGACAAGAAAGACCCUCCGAAGGAUACUCCAAAGAAGACCAAGCUCACCAGCAAGCCAUGGAGGCCAACCCUUAUGCCGAUUACCCCUGAGAACGAGGCGCGCAUAGCUCGCGAGCCAAAACAGGUGGCUGUGGACGGCCGCAGCCUGCCGAGCCUCGUCCAGGUGAUGUCUUCCGGCCAACGGUACCACAUCACCUUGCAAGACUACAACAAGAUGUGCAUCAUGCGCAGAGAGAAACUCCAGCAGCUACAGGACGGAGAAAAGGCGAAAAAAUCCGAAGAUACCACUGUAGUCACGGAGAUACAACCUUCGACAACGCACGGCAAUGGUGGUACUGUCCUACAAAACAUACAACCAGAAAAGGACGACAAAAAGGAAUUACCAGAGUUGAAACAGAUCUCGACAAAUGCUGCUACGAUAUUGAAAAACGUUGGUCUCAAGAACAUUACAAUUGCUCCGAUUCUCAAUAAAACUGCAACUGUGACGUCAUCAACGCCUUCUUCGCCAUCAGUGUCAUCCCCGUCGCUAAUCGUAACGUCCACGCCAAUAAAACUACCACAGUUGCCUUCAGUAUCAAUUACAAGUGAAACAGUACUUACACCAACAUUGCCUAUAGUGACACCAAGCAUGUUGAUGCCAAAAAUACCAAAAUCGCUAACAGUGAUACCACAGACUGUGGUAGCUACAGUAUCUCCGAGUGUACCACAGACUAUAUCAAGUGUGUUACCACAGAAUGUAGCACUGAGUCAGGCUAUGCUGAUGUCCCAAUCUGUGGUUCCACAGUCCGUGGCCGUGCCCCAUGGUGUUGUUUUACCUCAGGUGAUGGCCCCCACAACCGCUUCUCAAUUGGUAGUGCAGACUUCGGACGGACAGCGUCCAUAACGAAUGAUAUUCGUGCUCGUCUAGCGACGGCCUGAUGUGGACAUGUUUUAGCAGUUACAAUGCGGUGUCCACAUACUAAACUGUUAUUUUAAAUAGUGAUUUUAGUGAUAGUGGUAUCCUAAAUGACGCGGUCAGCAAUAUAAAGUGAGAAACCGGUGGAGCCUUAUAAUUAUAUACUAUGUACAUAGUAGUGUACUGAUGGACAAAGUGCUGUGAAAAAGGUGACAAGAAGUGUUAAAUAUAUCGUAUUACUCUCAAUAUUAGUGUUUAUUUCUUUAUGCAAAUGAUACGUAGGAAUGUGAUUCGAAUAUAAAAAAGAAGCUAUGUUUACUAACCUUUAGGCUGUACUGUAUAAACCCAUAUCGCCAUUUUAGAGUGAAUUCCUCGUAUGUGAUUUCUAUGUAAUUUUUCAGGACGAAGAUAAAAAUGUGGUGUAAUAUUGUAAUAAACGCAAUAAUGCUCUGGCCACACAGAGGCGGCCGACGUGCGCAUUUGGUGUGGCAGGUUUCAUAUGAGCUCGUACAUUACAAAAUUUCCCGUGCCCGGAACUCUUCCGCGACCGCCUCUGUGUAGCCAGAGCAUAAUGUUUGUAGUUAGCAUUUUAAUUACUUAAAUUGUACCUUUCUCAGAUACUAUAUUAUUUUAAAAAGUUUUUCUUUCUCCAACAAAAAUUAGUAAAAACGAACUAUGUUAAAAUGCGUAUGAGAGGUUUUCACUCUAAGGCGACGAUAAACGCCCACUGCAGGGCACGGGUCCCUAGGCUAGACUAGACACUUUUAACAUAAUAAAUACUAUUCAAAUUUAAAACUUGCCCAACAUGAUUAGUCCUCUUACUUCAUCAUCAGAUUUAGCAAAAUCUUAUCCAUACUUAACUUUCAUUGAGUAUGGAUCUGACUUGUUAAAUUCAAUGUAUUCAGACUGUCCAGAAGCACACAAUGAUUGUCAGAAACAUUUAUGUCUUCGACCCCGUUGCUAAAAGCUUUCCUUGGAUUCCUUACAAUAAAAAUAAAUCUCAUCAUAAUGUUCUUCACGCAUCGUCCCUUACAAUACUCAUGGACGUAUCCUGCAAAAUGAAUACGAGUUUUUUGCAUCACAACAUAGUACACAAAAUUCUUAAUAUCAAAGUAUGUAAAUAGCUUUUCUCUGUCAAAAUUGUUAGUUACUUUAUUUCAUGUUCAAGAGGACGAUGUACGAUGCAGUGGGUUUUUUUAGGUACACACUGGCUCAAAAUAUGAACUGAAAGAAAUUAGGAAAAAUUAGGAAAGACGCAAGAGAAAGAAAUCAAAAUUCUCUAGUCAGGUUUGAUUAUGCAUUUAUAUUUAUUUGCCAAUGCCUCGUAUCAUUUGCGUGAACCUAACUAUGUAAUAUAGGCGUAUUAUUGUGUAAUUAUGUAUACCGUAAGUUUAUUAUUGGAUUACAAGAUUUUUUUCCAAUCGUACAUAAGAUUUCAUUCAGAAAUAUCACUAAAAUGAAACUACCAAAAUGUUAUAAAUAAUGUAAUUCGUACAGCAAUAAAUUUUGUAUUUAUACAGGUUGCCUUAAUAAUGUUAUAAAAUAUUUGCUUGUUUUUUGUGAACACAUUAUUUUUUGUCAUUAGAAAAUCGUGUAUGACGAAAGUGGAACAU